CCGUCAGACUCCGCCCAGAAGGCAGAGACUGAUAAGGUCAAAGGGACGUCUAACCCAGAGUUCAAUUCAAAGCAUCAGUUUGAUAUUGAUCGUAAACAGAUGCGUAGCUUACAGCGUGGUUUUAAACGUCAGCCAUUGCGUUGUUCAUUAUACCAGUCUCGUUCUUUAUUUCGUAGCUCAGUAUUCAUAGGAAUGGCCUCAAUACCUCUAGAGACACUAGAGAACAAAUGUGAAGUGAGAGCAUCAGAGGAUCUAAAGGAUGAGAAAGGACGGAGAGCAACCGGAGGGAAACUUGAAGUGUAUGUUCGUCUACGUGAGCCUCUUAGCGGUUGUGAUCAAGAGGAGAAAGAGCAGAAGUGGUUAGUGUUCCAGGAAGCCAUUGCUAGUGAGUCCACUGUAUCCAUGGUACGUCCGAUGGUUAGUACAGGACCUGCAUCUUCUCCAAUAAAAGUGGAACAGACUACUAGUCUUGAUGCUCUUAAAUUAGAGUUCUCUCUUGUACAAAAUGCCAUCAAAGCUGGUAAGAAGGAUCCUGCUAUUGUUCAGCGUGGCCGUGCCUUACAGUCUAAGAUUCAAGAGACUAAGCAAAGACUUCAAAGUGAUGCUGGGUUCAGACGAGAGUACUUGUCCGCCAUUGCCCGGGAAAUAAAGACAGAGAAGGUUUAUGAGCAACAGCUAGUGCAGGCUGGCAGGACUGGAGAGGCUAAGAUAAUACAAGGAAGGAGGAGAGUAAUGGAAAAUGAAAUAUCUAAAAUGACUAAAAAAUAAAUAUUUGUGUUGAUUUUUAGUAGCUAAUAAUUUUGCUAGUUUAUAUUUAUGAUUUUGUGUAAGAGUUGUUAUAAGUAUUGAUUUAUUUUAUCAGCAAUAAUGUAUUCUUAUUGUAUAACCAUUGAGAUUUA